AUGGAGGCGCUCGACCCAACCACCGGCCAGCCCCUCCCCGGCGACGCCAUCCAGCGCAUCCUCUUCGUCGCCAACACCGUCCACGUCUACAACAUCCCGCCUCUGACGUCCAUGCGCGGCCACGCAGCCGCCUCCUGGACCGAAGACCCCGCCCGUCACAUCUUCACCGCGCGGCUGCGCGUCGUCGAAACGUCCUUUGACAACGCCGACGCCGCGUCCAGCGUCAAGAUCGACCUCGUCCUCGAAGACCCGUCCACCGGCCAGCUCUUCGCCGCCUCGCCGUACAACGACCGGAGCGCCGUCGAGCCCGUCAUCGACAGCAGCCGCUUCUUCGCCGUCACAGUCAAGGAUCCGCAGGGACGGAAAGCAGUGCUGGGCAUUGGCUUCGAGGAGCGCUCCGACGCUUUCGACCUGGCCGUGUCGCUGCAAGAGGCGAGGCGGAGCCUGGGGUGGGAGGCGGAGCAGAGCCACGGCGCAACAGAGGCAAAGGCCAAGACGGAGACAAAGGACUACAGCUUGAAAGAGGGCGAAACCAUUACAGUAAACCUCGGCGGCACAAAGUUUGGCAGAAGGCGGCCUCAGCCAGCAGAGGAAUCUACCUCCUCCAGCUCAGCGGAUCUGCAGUCGUUUGCUCUUCCUCCUCCACCAGCUGCGGCAGCGGGAGCUUCGUUUUCUCUGCCGCCACCGCCGAAAACCUCAGAUGUCAAAGAAAAGAGAAAGUCGCUAAAGAAUUUGGGAUUUGACGACGGGCAAUUUGGAGAGUUUGCGUAG